AUGGCGUCUCCCAGCGGCUGCCGGCCCCAGCCCGGCGGGCAGGGCGGGGGUGGCGGCGGUGGCGGAGGGGCCGAACCCGGUACCGGAGCCGGUCCGGGGGUUUUACGAGGUUCCGAAGAAGACGCCGAGGGUCUGUACGUGGCGGUGGAGCGGUGCCCGCUCUGCAACACCACCCGCCGCCGCCUCACCUGCGCCAAGUGCGUCCAGAGCGGAGACUUCGUCUUCUUCGACGGCCGCGACUCCGAGAGGUUUUCAGACAAGAAAGAAAGGCUGAUGCAUCUCAAAACCAAGCAGAGGGAAUUCCAAAAACAUGUUUUGAAGGCCAUGGAAGGGAAGGAGAUAACUGAUCAGCUGAGAUGGAAAAUAAUGUCUUGCAAGAUGAGGAUUGAGCAGCUGAAACAGACCAUUUGCAAAGAAAAUGAUGAAAUGACAAGACAUGCAGAGGGGCUUCUGAGAAUCAAAGAGGAGAACCAGAAGCAUUAUCGGAGGGCUCAGAGGCAUCAGGAGAAGAAGGAGAAGAUCCAGAGGCAUAACCACAAACUGGGAGACUUAGUGGAGAAAAAAACCUCUGACCUGAAAACCCAGUAUGAGCACCUGGCAAAUCUUCGUCGGACGCAUAUCCUGGAGCUGACAUCAGUCAUAUUUCCCAUGGAAGAAGUGAAAACAAGCAUGAGAGAUCCUGCAGAUGUGUCUUCUGAGGGUGACAAUGCUAUGACCUCUAGCACUGUGAGCAAGCUGGCAGAAGCCAGGAGAACCACAUAUCUCUCUGGGAGAUGGGUGUGUGAUGAUCAUAAUGGGGACACCAGCAUCAGUAUCACAGGGCCCUGGAUAACCCUCCCUAAUAAUGGAGACUAUUCAGCCUACUACAACUGGGUGGAAGAGAAGAAGACUACACAAGGACCAGAUAUGGAACACAAUAACCCUGCUCACACCAUCAGUGCUGCACUGUGCUAUGCAACUCAGCUUGUUAACACUUUGUCUCUCAUACUUGAUGUCAAUCUGCCCAAGAAGCUCUGCAACAGUGAGUUCUGUGGAGAGAAUCUCAGCAGACACAGGUUCAUGCGGGCAGUGAAGAAGCUGAAUGCCAACAUCCUUCACCUUUGCUUCUCUCAGCAUGUGAAUUUAGAUCUGUUGCACCCCCUGCACACUCUCAGGAACCUUAUGUACCUGGUCAGCCCAGACACUGAGAACUUGGGCAGGUCUGGGCCCUUCGAGAUCAGCGCUGACCUGGAGGAUUCCAUGGAGUUUGUGGAUCCCAGCGCCCCGGGGGAGACGGACGAGAGCGGGGACGAGCACAUCAGUGAUGAGGAGACAGACCUGGGGACAGACUGGGAGAAUCUGCCAAGCCCCAGGUUCUGUGACAUCCCCUCCCAGCAGGUGGAGAUGCUGCAGAGCCAGAGCACACAGGUGUCUCAGCCCAUCGCCAGCAGCAGUGCUGGGGGGAUGAUCUCCUCUGCUGCUGCCUCCGUCACCUCCUGGCUGAAGGCUUACACUGGACACCGCUGAGGAAAACGGGGGGAAAAAGGAUCUUUUAGGGGUUUUUGUGGAAGGAAUCCCCCUCCCCGAAGAUGCUGUAGUAAAACCUUACGUAUUCAGUUUGAGUAGUGCCUGGAACAAAGCAAAGGUCAGGCUUUCAUUUUGUAAGCCAGAAACCUUUUUAUUUACCCAAGAUGACUGUGCUGGUACUGUUUUGUAAAUUAACUUAACCACGGACUUCUGAUGGAUCCUCUGAGGGCACUUUCUGUCCUGCUCUGUUGAGUACUG